UGCAAAGUUUUGAGGUGAAAAUCGUUACUAAGGUGAAGAAUGAAACGUAAGAUUUGGGGGUUGAGCCGCCAGCAACUACAAAAAAUCCGCUCCUUUUGUUUCCUUAAAGAAAACUGAAGACGGUUUCUCCUCGAAUGAUGCUCUUCUUCAAACGCCAUUGCACUAGUAGUUUCACCUCUCAAAAUUUCAAAUAUUCUACUCACCUGUCAAAUAAACUGUUUCAAAUUCUCCAAUUUUGCAAGUCCGGCCUACUCAACGAUGCGCUACACAUCUUAAACUCCGUUGAUUUGUACGAUUCUAGAAUUAACAAACCACUUCUCUACGCUUCUCUCUUACAAACCUGCACCAAGGUAGAUUCCUUCAGCAGUGGUUGUCAAUUUCAUGCCCAUGUUGUUAAAUCUGGACUUGAGACUGACCGCUUUGUUGGGAAUAGUUUGCUUUCUCUUUACUUUAAAUUGGGUUCAAAUUGUCUGCUGACUCGAAGAGUAUUUGAUGGUCUUUUUGUCAAAGAUGUGGUGUCUUGGGCAUCCAUGAUUACGGGGUAUGUUCGAGAAGGUAAAUCUGGAAUGGCGAUUGAGUUGUUUUGGGAUAUGUUGGAUUCGGGAAUUGAGCCGAAUGACUUUACUUUAUCUACUGUGAUCAAAGCGUGCUCGGAGAUUGGGAAUUUGGUUCUUGGUAAGUGCUUUCAUGGGGUUGUUGUAAGGCGUGGGUUUGAUUCAAAUCCUGUCAUUUUGAGUUCUUUGAUUGAUAUGUACGGGAGAAAUUAUCUGUCAAGUGAAGCACGCCAACUGUUUGAUGAAUUGCUUGAACCAGAUCCAGUAUGUUGGACAACAGUUAUUUCCGCGUUUACAAGGAAUGAUUUCUAUGAGGAAGCAUUGGGGUUCUUUUAUUUGAUGCAUAGAGCUUAUAGGUUGUCUCCUGAUAAUUAUACAUUUGGAAGUGUACUGACUGCCUGUGGUAAUUUGGGGAGGUUGAAGCAAGGUGAAGAGAUCCAUGCUAAGGUGAUUGCUUAUGGAUUUGGUGGGAAUGUAGUAGUUGAGAGUAGUCUGGUGGAUAUGUAUGGAAAAUGUGGAGCGGUUGAGAAGUCUCAACGCGUAUUUGAUAGAAUGUCGAACAGGAACUCGGUUUCGUGGUCUGCAUUGCUUGCAGUAUAUUGCCAAAAUGGUGACUUCGAAAAGGUUGUAAGUCUUUUCAGAGAGAUGAAGAAGGUCGACCUCUACAGUUUUGGGACAGUUUUACGUGCGUGUGCCGGGUUGGCAGCUGUUGCUCCAGGGAAGGAGGUUCACUGUCAGUAUAUAAGAAAGGGUGGAUGGAGAGAUGUCAUUGUAGAAUCAGCUCUAGUCGACUUGUAUGCAAAAUGUGGUUCCAUUGAUUUUGCAUAUAGAAUAUUUGAGCGUAUGCCAACAAGAAAUUUGAUCACGUGGAAUGCGAUGAUUCAUGGUUUUGCUCAGAAUGGAAGAAGUGAAAUUGCUAUUCAGAUCUUUGAAGCAAUGAUUAAGGAAGGGAUUAAGCCUGAUUGUAUCAGUUUUAUUGGUUUACUUUUUGCUUGUAGUCAUACAGGUUUGGUCGAUCAAGCGCGGCACUACUUUGAUCUAAUGACUGGGGAAUAUGGAAUUAAACCAGGAAUCGAGCAUUAUAACUGCAUGGUUGAUCUUCUAGGCCGUGCCGGGCUGCUAGAAGAAGCUGAGAAUUUGAUAGAAAAUGCAGAUUGUAGAAAUGAUUCAGCUCUUUGGCUGGUUCUUCUAGGAGCUUCCACUGCUACAUGGACAAACUCUGCUAUUGCAGAACGCAUUGCCAAGAAGUUGAUGGAGCUUGAGCCUCAAUGCUAUUUAAGUUAUGUUCACCUGGCUAAUUUUUAUAGAGCAGUAGGCCGAUGGGACGACGCCGUAAAGGUUAGAGAGUUGAUGAAAAACCGACAGCUGAAGAAGAUGCCAGGUCAGAGUUGGAUGCAAAGAGGCAAAGCAUCGAUGACAAGUUUAUGAGCCUCAUAUCGAACCUGAAUUCAAGACUGAUGAUGAGUUGACAUCGAUUAUUAAAACAUGAUCAUGUCUUUUUGCUCUUCCAAGAUGAAGAACAACAGCCAUGAGAAGCCACCGAAUAUAUGAAUGAUAUACCAACCUGCUUGUAAAGGUUAUAUAGAGAGAGUGGAUUUUCAGUUAAUUGGUCUGGAGAAAGAGAUAGACUUGCCGCCGGCAUUAACAUCAAGAGACAUGAACGUUUUAUUUUGAUUUUUUUUUCUUUUCCCCCCGGGGAAAACUAACUUAUUUAUUUGUUACAUGUGUUUCUUACCAAUUUUUAAAUCUCUCUGUUUCAACAGAAAUAAACGGUUGUGGAAUCAGCAACAAUCAGCAAGAGCACCAUCUUUGAACAAUUAGAAUGUCAGAUAUUCAAAUCUUCA